UUACGGGAAAAUAACACAAGGGACCGAAAAUAUUCCCAAGAAAAUACUACGCCGAAUAGAAGAAUUUUGCUAAUGUUAUAAAUAAACAUCUUUACCUUUAUGAAUUUGGUGUAUAUUUCAAGUUCUUUUAUGAGUGAGAGUGGUGUAAAAUGUUUUUUCUCGUAAAUAUGGUGUUAACGUAACGAUGCAUUUAUCAAAGUGGGUUUAAGUCUUAUCUCUGUUGGCGUCCUCUUGUUUUUUAUGGUUCAAGUUCACAAUGGCAACAGUCGAAGAGACAGUUAAAGUGGCGGUGGUGACUGACCGCUCGCCGAAUAUCAUACGAUGCUCCAGUACGAUGACUGCGGAGGAAUUGUGUAUUAUUUUGUGUAAAAAGUAUAAAAUUCCUCCUCUUACUCGGACGCUUUUCGCGUUACGAGUCAAAGGCAGAGAUUAUUUUCUCAAAGAUAACGCUAAAGUGUUGUCCAGCACCAGAGAUUAUGAGCUCAGAAUACGUUUCAAGGUGCCAAGGUUGGAACUGUUGAUAACUCUGGAUGAAACUACCUAUGACUACUACUUCCUUCAAGCGAGGAGUGAUGUAUACGAGAAUAGAAUCCCUGAGAUCAAAUACCCUGAACAUAAAAAAGAAAUGCUUGGUCUUGGGAUUGCUGACAUGACACGCGCCACCGCCGAAGAAAAAUUGUCGGUAAACGAUGUGGUGAGGGAUUACAAAAAAUAUAUACCGAAAGUGAUCGUUAGAAGACAUGGUCACGUCGCGAAGAAGCACGCUCACGAUCAACUACCAAAGCUUUGUUCCGUCGGCCACAACGUGAACUACAUAAAGAACCUAUACCUGCAACAAUUAUACAUAAUGGCGCCCAACUAUUUGGCGGAGGAGUAUGACAAUGUUCUGUGGCAGAACGGCAACGAUGUGACUCCGGUGAACGUUGUGGUUGCACCCUUCCACCCGCACCAACCCGGUAUAAGGAUCUUCAAUACUGUUAAACGGGAAUGGAUCCACGUGUGUAAAAUAGAAGAAUUAAUUUAUAUAACAAGAAAUGGAGAAAAUUCGUUAGAAAUAUCUAGAAGAGGGACCCCGCUGUUCUUUAAGUUUAAAUCUGAGGAGCAUAUAUCCUCGUUUAUAUCAGUUUGCGAUGGCUAUUACAGAUUAAUGGUGAAAUGGACAUUUAACUUGUCUAAAGACGACGAAACGCCGUCUUUAAAGGAGUUACAAAGAAUAAAAUGUCACGGCCCAGUCGGGGGCGCGUUUUCGUAUAGAAAGUUGGAAGAAAAACGUGCAAAGAAACAUGGCUGUUAUAUAUUAAGACAGUGCCAGGACGAUUACAAUGUCUAUUAUUUAGACGUUUGCACAAAAAACAGCACUACAGAGACUUAUAGAAUAGAAUUUAAAGGUCAUUGUUACGUGGUGAACAAUGAGGAGUACUAUAGCAUUGAGAGGCUAGUCGGAUGCCAUCAGAACCCAGAAGGAAGAAUAUUCUUAAACGAAUGCAUACCGCCGUCGGAAUAUGAUAAGUCACAACUACUGCUGUGUGGUGAGCCAGUGAAGCGAGGUGUCCGCAUCGACCAGGCUGAGCUCCAAGACAUACUCAAGGACAACAAGAGCCCGCGAUGUCUACCAAAUAAGGACAUCCUCCUAUACACGGGUUCGGAAAAGAUCGGCUCGGAGAAUAUAACGGCGACAUACAAAGCGCUGUGGAGACUCGACGAGACCAAGAAGUUGGUGGUCGCAUUUAAAACUUUACAGAGAGAAAAGGCUAAUGAUCAUUUAAAGGAUUUCGUGGAGUUGGCGAGCAAGUGGGCGUGUGUACAGUCUAGUUCGAUGGUGCGUCUGUACGGGGUGACGCUCAGCUCGCCCACCGCGCUCGUACUCGAGUACCUGCCCUACGGACCUUUUGACGACUAUCUCAGAGAGAACGAAGAGCGUAUAAAGCCCUUGCACCUGAAGAAAGUAGCUGCAGGCUUAGCUCGUGCACUGUGGGACCUGUCGGAGGCGGGCGUCGUGCACGGACACAUCCGCUGCCGACGUCUAUUGCUAGCCGCGCAUACCGGCGACCGCAUCAACGUCAAACUCUCCGGACCCACGCUCUCUAAUUAUACGCAGCAUGACGUGCACUGGAUGCCAGUGGAAUUCUUCUCGGACAUGAGCCUGGCGAAGCGGUCGGUGACGGGCGACAUCUGGGCCUUCGCCACCACGCUGUGGGAGGUGUUCUCGUACGGACAGUCGCCCACCGAGACCAACCCCGUGCUUACUGCUAGGAGUUACGAGAUGGGCGACCGCCUGCUGCGCCCUGCGCGCUGCCCGGGCGAGGUGUGGGCGCUGGUCCGCCAGUGCUGGCAGCCCGACCCGCUGCGGCCGCAGGAGAUCAUGCGGGACAUGAACCACAUGCUGCACCGAGAGUACGUGCCAAUCCACGAGUAUGAGGAGCCAAAGAUAUCUCUUGAACACAUGGAACACGCAGAAACUGUUUCAAGUGACAGGUUCAUUCCGAGCGAGCUGAGCGACGCCGGCAGCAAUAAGUCCUUGAUAUCGGACAGCAGUGUGCUCUCCAUGAACGGAACCAUGUCUGACCAAUAUGACAAUCCGUUCGCGGACAACAAGAGCUCGAACUCGCUGGAGAGUAUGAACGGUCUGCCGUACGGGCUGCGGCACGAGCUGCGCGCGGAGCUGCGCUCGCGCAACUCGGGCAGCGUGUGCGCGGCGCGGGCCAUAGACGACGACCUCGACGGGGACGCCGCGCCCGCGCCCAGGCUCAUGGAGUCCAUCGUCUCGCAGGGGAAGACAUACCUCGUCACGCUCACUAAGAAAAUUGGCAGCGGUAACUACGGCCAUGUGUUCAAGGGUUGGAUGGAGCGCGACAACCAAGAAUCUCAACGGAGGGAGGUGGCUGUGAAGAAGUUGACAAGACAGGCCUCUGAGAGGAACGGCACUCUUUACGAGGACUUCAAGAAUGAACUGGAAAUUAUGAAGUCGCUACAACACAUAAACAUAGUGGAGAUAUUGGGCUACUCGUGGGACCACGGGUCGGACGUGCUCAUCGUGAUGGAGUACCUAGAGGAGGGCUCUCUCAACUACUACCUCAAGUUCCAGGGGGACAAGCUAAGGAUCUCACACCUACUCAAGUACGCCAGGGAUAUUGCUACGGGCAUGGACCACGUAUCAGCCAAGAACGUGGUGCACCGCGACCUAGCGACGCGGAACAUUCUAGUCGUGAACAAAUACCACGUGAAAAUAUCGGACUUCGGCCUCGCCCGGAUUAUACCUAAGGAAGAAAACGCGUACAGACUUAAGACUGAACGGCUACUGCCUAUUAAUUGGUACGCUCCCGAGUCUGCGGUGGAGCCGUGGCACUUCUCGACGAAGAGUGACGUGUGGUCGUACGGAGUGACCGCGUGGGAGAUAUUCACGCGCGCCCGCCAGGAGGUGCCCAAGUUCAACCCCGAGCGACCCAGGGAACGAGCCUCCUGCUUUCAAAUACCGGAGGGCUGUCCGUCAGAGAUAUUCAGGCACCUGAUGAAGGACUGCUGGAAUUUGGACCCCACCCUACGACCGAAGUUCAUUGACCUCGUGCAUAUGUGCAAGCGAUUCAUGGACGAAUAUAAGUAGAACAUUACUUUGAUAUAUUUCUUCAGUAACGUGCUAGUUAUAAGAAAAUAUGUUCCUUUUUCCUUUUACUCAAAUCUGUACCCUUAGUACGAGUUUGCUUUACGUUGAACGAGGAAACUAGAGCGCGUCUGGCGCUCUGAUUGGACGGCGCGAAUGAACCAACCAAUCAGAGCGCUGAUCGCGCUCGUUUCGGCUUCGUUCAAUGUAAAGCAAACUCGUACUAAGGGUACUGGUAAUAACUUUGCAGCUUGAAAUCCAAUGCUCGUUUUUAUAACUUGCCUGUGCAAAUAAUUAGUGCGUUAUUGAAGAAUUAUAACCCCAAUCGUUACAAGAUUAUGAGAGAAAAGAUUUCAGUAUAUUGAUAUAUUUUUACGUAAAAUAAUUGUGUGUAUGUGUGGGGGUACAGUUUUGGAUUGAGUCUAUAUUUCUGAUGUUUAUAUCGUUGUAUAGUCGAGGCCAUAUUUCACACGUUGUGUUUGUUAUUAUUGCGCUAUUUGCACAAACGGUACUAGCUAAUCGAUUGUUUAUUAAGUAUGUGUUUUUAUGGUUCCUCGAAGCAUUUGCCUUAGUUCUGUAUAGUAUAGCUACUUGUAAAUAUUUAUACAAAUGUUAUAUCUGUUACACUAUGUAAUGUAAUGUAUCUCAAUCAUGUGGAAUCUAUUAUUUGUGUGUUAUCAGUGCAAUCAAACUGUGAGUGGACGUUUUAUAUUCAGUAAUGUCUUUUUUGUUAUUGUUCUUGUCCUAGUGUUUGUAUAUUUCAUUAUUUUGACUUGACUAUGAUUUUUUUUUAUCGUGAACUUUGACGUACAGAAUACUUGCCGCGUAUUUGUGACUAAAUGACGAGUCAAUGAUAGUGUAAGCAGAGUUAUAUUGUGUAAGCAAGCAGUGUGUAAGUCUCGCUAGUCCAACCAUUCUAGAACUGUAAUACUGGCACAAAUGUUUGAACAAAUAUUGGCGUUGAAUGGAUUCGUAUGCAUUUCAAUACCGCAACUAGAUGACAACGAAAUACUAACACGCACACGUUACGUAGAAUGGUCGCCGAGACCGAUUCACUAUAAAACCAAAGAUGAUAUUAAAAUAUGAACAUUAAACUAGAGAUCAAAUAAUUUUAAGAUUUAUUAUCAGUGUACAUUUUAUUAAUUUGCUUUAUUGUAAGUUUUGCAAUUCACUGUUGUGACAAAUAAACGUAAUUUUAAUAUAAGUUAGGUACAAAAAAUGUAAUCGGGUAAUGAGAACUUAAAUGUAAUUAUUAUUUUAGAAAUUUAUUAUUGUUUAGAUAUGAUUGGGAAAUAUUUUAUAAAAUUGUUUUUUAAUUAUUAAUUUUCGCAGCAUCGCGUGUCGAUGUCAUGAGGAAUUGGAUUGUGAUUACAUAGACUGACAAAUGGAGUAUCGGUGCUAUAAGGAUGAAAUAACGCCUUAUUUUAUUCUAAUGACUGCGUUUGGGUAGAGUUGGGAAAGAUCUAGAAGUCGAUAGAUGUAGUGAAUUUAGUUCCUGCAGAACUAUUAUAAGAUUUAUAGUACGGGACGUGAAAUUUAUUGUGUACCUAAUUUUUCUUAAAGCAAACAUUGCCUAUAGUAUGUUGUUUUAUUCGAUUUUUUUUUAAUUAUAUAUUUUACAAAGAUUUUUACAAAUCAAUCAGCUCAACUUUAUAUUUUGAUAAUCGGGCAGACAUAGGCUUUUUGUUUGGUUACUUUCGCACCAGUAUGUUCCUACUUUUAGUUGUUAACAUACAUAAACAACAUUUCUCGAAAUUCCGUUGCUUUUUGACGGUUGAUUGAAAGUACUUCAUAUUUACUUCGCUUUUUCUCUAUACGUACAAUUUUGUGUGACUGGAAUUCUAUACCAAUAUUAAGAUUUUGUGUGGAAGUUCCAUAGUGGUUGUUUCCCUAGAUAAAUAUUGUGCACCGUAUUUGUACUCUACUACGAUACGAUUUAUAUAAUUAUGUGGUUGUAAUCUGUGUAUAUUGUAUACGCUUGCAUUGUAAAUUAUCUAACUACAUAAACCUAUGUAAGUAAUUCGUCGGGCUUUCCCGUCUUAUAAAUGUUUUUGCUUAAUACGCAUAAAAAUUGAUGUCUAUCUAUUUGAACGUGUCAAUUUUCCAGUCAAUUGUGUGAAAUUAAUAAUAGCAAUAAUUGGCUAUUUGAUUCGGAUUCAUCUAUUUAAAAAUGUCCAGCGUAUAGAGUAGAGUCAAUUAACAUCUGUGUGUAAUAUUUUAUCUGUAAGUACUAAGUAGGUUCGGUGUUUAGCUGAACUGUGCCUCUACCAUGAGCUUAAAUUGAAGACAAGAAGAUAAUGUUUUAGUAUGGAACAUUUUACAGCGCCUCUAGCGGUCACUUACGGAACUAAAAUUUGUCAUACAAAAAUAAUUACGUCGUCACUAUCGAGUAUCGACAAAUACUCGCUUUAAACUCAUGGUAGAGGUACUAGUCUAUGCCCUAUAAUUAUGUACCUCUAUGGUAUACUUUAUAUUGUACAAAGCGAAGAAUGAAAUCUAUUUAAACAGUACUAUUGUUCUAAAAAUCUCAUGAAUGUAAUGACGAUGGAAUUUGACGUUAAAUGUGCCGCGAACAAAAUACUUGGUACAUGUAAACUUGUUUCAAAAUCUAGGAGGCAACUAUGUUAUUAUAUUGUAGAAUUAAGUUUACUUGUAACGAGUAUUUUCACAGGAAAAUUAGUCACGAAAGUAACUGAAUUUUAAAACAUUUUAAAACUAUCUCUUGCCGUAAGAAGUUUUAUGAAAAAUUGACGUAUGGUCGUAUGUUACUACUCAUGAGUUAUCAGUUUUAUCGCGAAUAUGCUUAAAAUGUUGCUGUAUAUAUUAGUUACAUCUUAUUAUUUAAGUCAAAUUUGUUUUAUUAUAAUUUAAGACUACGAUGUGUCGGUGUUUCGUGUGAUAACGUUUUAAACUAACAAACAGAAUGUCAUACGUAAUGACUGGCAACAAAUCCUUUGGUUAACGUCAUUCGUUCGUAAUUUAAAUUGCAUGCAAGAAUGCAACAAUGUAGCAUUCGAUGCAAAGUUCUUUUUUUUAAAGUAUGUUGCCUAAGGUCUGGUUUUACUACGGAAUUAUAUUUUUCUUUUUUAAUAAGACGUGAUGAUUAUGAGUUUACCUUUAAAGGUAAAGAUAUUCUCGGAUUCUUCAGCUCUAUUUUCUUGCCCACCUACUAAAUACUUUUUAAUUCAUGAUCUGUGUAAUUGUAUAUAGAUAAAAUAUUUUGUAUAUUGUGCGAAACAGCGACACAUCCAUGUUAUUUUUGCCAUGAAAUUAAAAUAAAUUAUUGGUACGUGAAUAUAA